CAUUUUCCUCGCUACCAAAAAAUGUAGUUGUCCAAUUACAAUGGAAGUUGCCCACCAAAUUAUACGAGCUUAGAAAACCAGAGAAGUUCAAAUCAGGAACCAAAAUUUCUAUAUAUAUGCACUAGCUUUGCAAAAUUCCUCCACACUUAUGAAUCCUUCUCCGUUUUGUUACAGCAAAACUUAAAAGCUUUGUUCACAUAAGCUCUGUUUCUGCAGUUUCGUAAGCUCUGUUCAAUUAAUGGCUGCUCUCAAGUUCAAUGUGAAAAGGCAGGAAGCCGUGCUUGUGGGUCCUUCUUUGCCAACUCCAAGGGAAAUACUGUAUCUUUCCAACAUUGAUGAUCAAGCAGGGCUCAGAUUUCACUUCCCUGUUGUUCAGUUUUAUAAGCAUAACAUUCUGAAAGAGUAUCAAGAUCCUGCUAAAGUUAUCAGAGAAGCUCUGGGAAAGGUUCUGGUGCAUUAUUACCCUUUUGCUGGAAGGCUGAGAGAGGCGGCUGGUGGGAAGCUGGUAGUGGAAUGUACAGGCCAAGGAAUUUUGUUUGUGGAAGCAGAUGCAGAUGUUACUCUGCCUGAGUUUGGAGAUAUUCAGCUGCCGAUUCCUGGUUGGGAUGAGCUGCUGCAUGACAUUCUCAGCCCUCAGACUGUCAUCAACUCUCCCCUUCUUCUCAUUCAGGUAACACGUUUGAAAUGUAAAGGCUUUAUAUUUGCCUUGUUGAUGAACCAUUGCAUGACAGAUGCGACUGGACUGUUCCAGUUCAUGACAACUUUGGGCGAAAUGGCCAUGGGAGCAAGCGGUCCGUCAAUUCCUCCAGUAUGGAAAAGAGACGUCCUAAAACCUCGCCUGAAACCCUCAAUAACCUUCCCUCUCUAUGAAUAUGAUCAAGUCCCAGGGCAGAUCAUAUCUAUAAAUGACAUGACCCACACUUCCUUCUACUUUGGGCCCAAGGAAAUCGCAUCCUUGAAAAGACAAGUACCUAGGAAAAUUUCAACUUUCGAGUUAUUAUCAGGGUGCAUUUGGCGUUUGAGAACUAGAGCUCUCAACAUGGUAGCGGAUCAAGAGGUAAGGUUGAUAUUCACAUUAAACGCUCGCUCCAAAAUUGAACCUCCACUUUCACAUGGCUACUAUGGCAACUUAAUCAGCCUUGCCUGUGCUAAGACCACAGCCGGAGUGUUGGUGAACAGACCCUUGUCCUAUGCAGUGGAGUUAAUUAACAAGGCCAAAAUUAUCGUUAACAAUGAAUACAUGCGGUCAGUGAUAGACUUGAUGGAGGUCAAGGGUCGGCCACAUUUUACUGAGGUGGGGAGUUUUGUGGUUUCUGAUGUGACUAAGAUUGGGUUUGGAGAUGUGGAUUUUGGGUGGGGUAAGGCGAUUUAUGGCGGAAAUGCUAAAGGUGGGUUGGGAGUUGUGCAAGGCAUCUCUAGCUUUUUCAUUCGUCAUCGAAACAAUGAUGGAACUGAAGGAAUAUUGGUCCCUGUUUGUUUGCCCUCUAAAGCCAUGCGAACAUUUCAGGUAGAAUUGGCACAGGCCAUAGGGCAAGAAGCUCCUCCUUUUAUGCAAUCCUCCCUUUGAAAAUCUAUAGCUAGAAUGUUAUGGUUCAAUCUAUAUAGUAAGAAGAGUUUUAUUUCUAUAUUAAAAUAUUGCUAGAUAGAAUUGUAUGAAAAUUUUGAAACAAACUUCAUGAUUCAUCAUGGAAUAAUAUGUAUUGCAUCUGAGUUAAUAAGAGGAGGACCUUAUGUCAAUCUUUUCACAGUCGUUA